AUGAGUGAGUACCAGGAAAAUAUUAAAUACUUAAUCCAAAGGCCAAAAACACCAGUUAUCAAACCCCCAAUGCAUCGUUCAAUCUUUAACAAGUCGAUACAGAGAGAGUUCAAAUUAAAUAAGGGGUGCCACCAAACUAUGGGCUAUGCUGAAGUCAAAGUCAAUGAACCAUCCGAGUUUUUAAAAAAAAAUACUAGAAAAGUGAUUAGACCAUUUGUCGAAAAUACUAAAAAAACUAUCAAAAAUCCAGUUCAGUUUCCGUGUUACCCUAAUAAUAAUAAACUGUCAACAAAAAAAAAAAUCUCGAAGAAUUUUCUGAGUGAAAACGUUGUCGACGUGGUGAGAAAGGUACCACCAUGCCCAAAACAUCGGGUACAAGACAGUCGAAAAGGACACAUAAUAGUUCUGAACGAAGCCGGCCUAGAGCCUUCGUACGUACUUAAGAAGGAUUUCGGGAAAUUACCUUUAUAUAUUGAGAAAAUUCGAAAAAAAAACGAAACUAUCAGGCUGCUAGAGAUCGAACGGAUAAAGGCGAUCAAACCGCCUUUGAGUCGUUUGCCCGAAGAUAAACGUUAUGAGUUAUUAACAGGAUUAAAGACUAAUUGGGUUGAAUUGAACAGACAAUUUUUAUUAUUGCCGAUGCUGACGGAUUCAGUGACGAAAAUCAAUCGAAAAACCUCUUUGGAAAAUCAAUUGGGAAACUUGGAAAAAGAUAUUACCUUGUUGGAAAAGUACCCAGCCUUAUACGUGUGUGAUGAUGACGCGUAG